AUGCUGUCGGACUUACCGCCAGAAAUCAUCUACCAAGUCGCUAGACAUAUUCCAAAUCUCAAGACCUUGGCCAACCUAGCAAGAACAUGCCGCCGGCUGCACGAUGUAAUAUCUGCAGACAAUUACCGCAUCCUACAGGCCUUUGUGCAAAGCCGGUUUCCUUCAAUUAACACCCCGCCCUUUUGGAAGGAUGCAGCCCGUGCUCUGACGUCGCGGACUCGCGCCUUUGACCGAAAUGCCAUAAUUGCUCGUUUUAUUUUGCCCCCAGAAAAUGCUACCCGCAUUGGACAUCCCAGGACUAUUAGGACGGAUCGCCCUACCCUAGGAUAUCGCCCCGUACUCGAUAGCUACGAAGUAUGGUAUGGCAAUACAUGGUGCUCUAGGAAAGAGGUCCUCGUGUGGGGUGCAGGAGCAGACUUGAUGAUACGAGUGAAAGAUUUUGGUCGGAAGCAUCUCCAAAGUCACCCCCCAUGCGAACCCCAAUCAUUGCUGUAUAGACACAAAGUUAGCGGAACUGCCCAGGAUAAUGUUAUCUGGGCGAAAUUCAACGAUCUGCAUGGUGUUGAUAGCUGGGAUGAUAUUUCUGGCCUUCAUGUGUUACGACCCUCUUGUACAGAAUGGUGCGACGAGGAGGAUAUCAUAUUUGGCCGCCGAAAUGGUCAACUUCUUCAAAUGCUUGUCUCUCCCAAAUACGGCACGAGUAAAAUUAAGAAGCGAUAUCUAGCCCGUGGGAAACACCUCGAUGGCAGUGACCUAAGCCCUGCUUCAAAAGUACUCUCCGCCACCAUGGAUAGAAAAACCAUUUCAUUUUUCAAUGUUGAUACCGAGGACAAGGACGUCUCUCCCUUUGCAACCCUGGGUCCUGUAACAAAUGAGACCGGGAGGUAUAAAUGCUCAAAAAUUUUAUGUGAACAUAAAGUCGCUAUUAGCUUUGACGCUCUCCGAGGCCAAGUUUCAAUAUUUGAAUUUUCUCCUGAUGGAAUUAGGAUGCAUCGGUGUUUGGGCAUUAUCGAUCGCGAUAUGCCACUUAAACUGAAAGCAACUACUAUUGAGCCGUUGACAGCAACGCAUAUAACCGGUGGGAGCCCUGGGGACCUUUUUUUAACCGGUCGAGAAGAUAGUGAAACAAGGUUGCACGACAUUCGGGCUCGGAGACAUGUGGUGACGGUUUUUGAAGAUACAGUAGAUGACAGCCCAACGUAUAGUAUCAAAUCAAUUGGCCAUGAACGAUUUGUUGUUGGUGGCGCUAUGAAUGCCCUUUUAAAAAUUUUUGAUAUGCGUAUGGGGCGUUAUAGCUAUACGGAUGCCUACUUAGGAGAAGGAAUGUUACCGACGAAGGAGGCAUAUGGCAGCCCCGCAAUCAAGUCCAACGCCGAACAACUUUCGAAGAAGGAUAUAUCCAUAUUUCUCUCAAAUCGAAUCGAAAACAUUCCAAAUAGAAUGGGAACGUUUUUGCGCGCACGCCACCGUUAUCGGGGGCCCAUAUACGCGAUCUCUCACCCCUCCCCAUCAUCAUCUACCAUUUUUGCUGGUCUAGAAGAUAACGUCAUAGGUCUAGAUGUUGUGUCUACAGAUGAUUUGGGAGGAAAGCACAAAGAGUGGUACCAUCGUAACCUGGAUUUGGCACUAGAUCCGCUCGGUGGUGUCGACUGUCUACCUAUGGAUUUAUCUUGCUAUGAGCGCCCAUGGCCGCGUGACCGACAGAAAAAUGUAAAACUCAUGCUGCAAUCACCAUUUUAUAUGGCUCUAGAAAAGGAAUACCGCGGGAUCAAAAGUACACCCCAUGUUAAAAAUCCCUGCUGGGAUCAGAGAUGGUAUCAUCCGUGGAUCUCAGGGUCCCGUGGAGCUGAAUAA